GAACAAGUGGCUUGCGCUUUACGAUUCGGUGUGCUCCGAAAGCCAUCGAGAGAGAAGGAGUUUCAAUCUGUCUGCUGUCAAGAAGUGUACGUGUUGGCAUGUUUUGUAAUUCGCGUAGAACAUAACGAUUCGGAGUUUACUAUCAUCGCGAUGUGUCACACGCACGACGAUCGUCCCGAGUGAUAAAAGCCAGUGCACUUGUCGAAAAACGCGAGUGACGUUCGCCGUUACAGCGCGAAAAAAUGUCGUGGUUCGGUGAUAGUUUAUCCAGCCUCUCCAAUUUAAAGGGACAGAUCACGAAUCUUACGAAGGAGGUUUUAUCCGAUGGUAUCGUUGACGAAGUAGACGAACGAUCAAAGCAGUUGAAGGAGGCAAACGAAAGAUGCAGCCAAUUACAAGAUCUGCUCACCACGAAGGAUGCGGAAAUUUCUCUCCUGCGCCGACAGAAUGGCGAGCUGCAGAGAGCCGUCAUCGAGAUAAAUGCAAAGUCCAAGGAAUCGAGGGACGCGAGUCACACCGAUGAGGCCGAGGGGAUCUUCUGGGAUCCGUCGUGCGUCGACAAUCGCAACGCGAGGAAUCAGAAUCAUGUGCGCCAGCUACAGGAGCAGUUGGCGCAAGCCACCGUGAAAGUGCGCGAAUUGGAAUGCGAGCUGAAGCACGUUCAGAAGGUGAACAACGCGUCCUUCAAGGACGACAUAUCCGACGGGCAUCAGAAGGCUGAGGUCGUGCGGGCGAAACAGGACAUGCUGAACCGCAUAAUACAAAUGGAAGAAAAGACUCGAGAAGCGGAGCGGAACGCUAAACAUGUCCAAUUGGACGAAGCAAGUCUCAUCAACGAUUUCCGUUCGGUAAUAUCGAAAUUGAAUUCCCGCGAGAAGUUUGAUUUAGUCAGCGGGGCGCUGAGGGCUUUGCAAAUCGAAAACGAGACGCAUGAAAAAAUUAAGGAUCAUGAAAAAUCCAACGAGGAGCUCGAGAAAGUCGGUGGCUACGAAUAUAAUUCUUUAGCUCUCAAGCACACGGAUUCGCAGCAGAGCAAGCCGCACGAUACGGCCGAGGGACUUUCGAUCAGCAAGGAAGAGGUGUUGCAAAAGAGAAUAGAGGAACUCCAAAAUGAAAAUAAAGAUCUUUUGAACGCUAUGGAAAAAUUGGACGAGGAACACACGCAGUCGAUUGAAAAACUGUUGUCGCUCAAAGAGGAAAGUAAUAAGAAGCAUCGAUCUCUACAAAACGCGUACGAACAACUUUCCGCGGAGUACAAGGCCCAGAAAAAAGUAAUUGAAUUGCAAAACGAUAUGUUGAAACGCAAUGAAAAUACCUGUGCAGAAACGACUCAUCAGUUUGUUCAGACGGAUAAUGCGGAUAAAUCGGACAAGCACAUUCAAAUGACAGUUUCUUCGCAAGUGGCCGACGUGGUUUCGGAAACAAGCGUUUUAGAUGACAUCGCUGAGAGGGUUAAAAUUAUUUUAAAGAACUGUACCAUAAGUAGCGUCGGAGCGGGGGAAUCGAUCUUCGAAGCUGUCGCGAAACAGUACGUCGACGCUAAGUGGAAGCUGGACGUCUUGGAAAGGAAGAUAACUGAGAUUACUCGAGAUUUUAAGGAGACCGAGGAGAUGAAGGAUGGCCUGCAAAUGGAGUGCGAGGAGCUGCAGUCGCACAUCGAUUCGUUGCUGCUGGAGAAAAAUAUGAGAAUGAAGCCGUGCCAGGGCUUAGAUUUGAAUUUGCCGUCUAUACCUGAGACGAGCGAGGAACGAGUGGCCUCUCUGGAAAUGGACGUCGAAUCUUUGCGGGAGGAAGUGAAACGCCUCGCGGUUGAGAACAAAAGGAUACGAGAAACAAAUUCAAACUUGAUGCAUGCUGUACAAAGUAACGAAGUGCCUUUAAUAAACAACGAUGAUUCACAGCGAGAUAUAAAUCGCAAACUAUGUACAUUUGUGGAGGAAAACGAAGAACUUCCAGUGAAAAAGAGUGAAAGCUCGAACGACGACGUAACGACGAUCGAGCAAUUGAAACUCGAUUGUGAAAACGUGAAAGGAGAAUUGAAGCUGUCGGCAUCCAAAACGAAGUUGUUAGAAACUGAUCUUGCAUCCUUACAGGACACUGUAAAUAAAUUUGCGGAAGAGAAUGAAGAUUUAUUAUGGAAGAAUAAACACCUGGAUAUGCAAUUACAUGACAAGGCUUUGCAAGAACGUGAUCUACGGGAAGAAAAUGGCUAUCUGUUGGAAGACAUGCGGGAACGGCUCGACAUGGCCAAUCGCGAGAAAUUAGAUUUGGAAAUUGAUGUUUUACGUAAGAAGGAAGAAUCGGACGCGAUGCAGAUUCAGCUUGACACGAGACAAUGUGAAGUAGCAAAAUUGAGCCAGGAUAAUGAUAGAUUAAUUAAAGAAAAUAUAUCUCUGUCGGAGCAAUUAACUGCUACGCACGAUGAAUCCUUGGAUAAAAUCGAGCUGUUGAACACGGAAAUGUCGUUGCUUCAGCAGGAACAUGAAGAUUUGAGGCAGGAGCUAUCGAUUCAUAAAGAGGAAUUGCCCAUACUGAAGGAAAAGUUGUACAAGGCGCAGCAACAUUACGCAGAACUGGAAAACGAAUAUCAUGCGUUAAAGAUGCAAAGCGAGCAAUUCGCAUUACAUAAGAAAGAUAUUCAAAGUCAAGCGACAGAAAUAGAACAGGUCGGAAGUGAGUCGGGUGUUAAAGAGCCGUUUACAGAAGAGCUGAGCUCGCUGAGAGACAGAUGUAAGCUCUUGGAGCGAGAGAUAGAAAUGCUUCGCGCUAAAGAGGCGCAGGAAUUUCAAAAAAAUGCCACGGAGAUAUCUUCGGCAAACAUGGACAAAACUAAUAAAGAGGGAGAACUUUCAACUGCUGAAGAUAACUUAAUCAGAAUGGAAAACACAGUUACGGACGUGAAAGUAGGAAAGCGUGAUUUAACAUUAAGAGACCCGGAUGUAACGUCUAACGUACGGCAAAUGUUAGAAUCGAUUGUCGAUGAAGAAAGACGUGAAGAGGAUUUGGUAAAAGCGCGUAACGAAAGCUUAGUGGACGAGAUUAAUGAUUUGCGCAACAAGUUGCAAGUCGCUUUCGAGAAUAGCGAGGAAUCGGCAGAGAUGGCUAAACAAACUAUCGAAGGUCUGUCUCACAUUAUUCGAGAAAAGGAUCAGGAGAUAAGUAUUUUACAAGCCGAGAUAACCCGCGCGAGCAGCACUAUCGCGCAAUCGUCGUACGAUCUUGCCGCGAUUAAACAACAGAAAAGCGAGAUCGAACAACUUGUUUCGGUCAAACACAACGAGAGCUUGCAGUGUCAAAACGAGAUCCAAAAGCUGAUCCAACGGGUGAAUGAACAAGCGGCUCACAUCCAGGAAUUGAUUGCCGAGCGAACGGCGCAACAAGAGAUGCUCAAUAAGGCGAACGCGGUGGAUCAGCGUGGAGGCCACGAUGGAGCCGACCACUCGAGACAGAGCGCCGAAAUCGUGGCUCUGAAUAAAAAAUGCGACGCCCUGGAGGCUGCCCUGAUGCAGGAGCAGUCCAACACUAGAAUCCUGCAGAAUCAGCUCGUCGAGGUUCAAAACAAGGAAGCUAACUCCGCUAAAGAAUUGGAAAGGCUGCGUACGCACUUGGUCGAGAUCGAAUCGAGCUAUACGGAGGAGGCCCUGAUCGCCGAGAACAAUCGUCAGGAGUUGGAAGCGAGAUUGCUGCAAGCUGAGGAAAAAGUGAAAAGCAGCUCAACCGCCUUCACGUCGGCGAGUGUCAGGGCUAAUCAGCAGGUGGAAACGUUGCAGCAGCAAAUAGCUCUGAUUACUCAACAGAGGGAUCAGAUACAGGCAAAAUUGUCCGCAGCAGAGGAUAAUAUUCAGUUGCAGUCUGCCUCUUUGACUAAUUUGCAAAUAGUUCUGGAGCAAUUUCAACAAGAUAAAGAACGCGACGUCAUGGCGGUUACAGAAAGACUUCGAUCUCAACUCGCUGAGUCAUAUGAGAAACAAGAUAAAUUAUUAGAUGACAUUUCGAAUCUUCAGCAACAGUUACGUGAAGCUAGAGAAUGCUUGAAAGCUGCCUCUAGAUUAAGCGAACAGCUCGAGAAAAAGGACGAGCAGAUCGAGCGACUCAACGAGGAAGUGGCACGAUUGAUAGAGUCCCUAAAUUCCGCUGACCAAAAGAUGAAAGAGGCAACGGAGCACGAUGAGGGAAAAGUCGACAAAAUUCUCAUCAAAAAUCUUCUUUUGGGCUACUUGGCCUCGACCACGUCGGACAAGUCGUCGAUCCUCCGAGUCUUUGCCAACGUCUUGGGCUUCACGGAGUCGGAGAAAGACAAAACCGGCUUGAGUAACGUGACGGCGCACGGCAGCCGGCAAGACAACAAAAAUAGCAGCGCAUCUUUAAAAGAUCAGGAAGCAUCCUUGUCAACGGCCUUCGUGAGGUUUCUAGAAAGCGAGUCUAAGCCGAAGCCUCAGCUACCAGCUUUGCCGAUCGCGAAUUCAGCUUCGUCGCGACCAGGCUACAACAAACAACAAUCGUCGUCAUCAUCGUCAUCGGCGCAAUCUACACUACUGUUGUCCAACGUUGCUCUUCCAACAUUCCCAGACUUUAUUCCAGCCAGAAAUACGGGAUCUAUUUUGAAGGAGGUGUUGAAGGAUAGUUGAUAUUAAGCAUAUUAUAUUAAACAUUGUACAAAUAACAUCAGAAACUAACAUAUAAUACAACUCGAUUGCAUUUUAUAAUAUCAA